UUCAAAAAGAUCGGAGUAGCGUGUCGGAGAUUUUUACAAGCCAACUUUUUUGCUCUUUCUCAAGUUCCCCUCCAUGGGGACUGAGAUGCAGAAGUCUACAGUUAGGGUCACGAACAUACCACAAACUGUGACAGCCAAAGACCUUCUGCACUUCUUCGAGUCCCAAUUAGGUCUCGACUCAGUCUUCGCUAUAGAAAUCUCCACUGACCGCAACAACUGGAAGCCCCGUACCUAUGGCCGCGUCCAGUUCACUUCAAUGGAGGUCAAAUCCAAGGCCUACCUACUUUCUCUCCAAAACAAGUUUCUCUUCAAAUCCCACAACCUCCAAAUAUCUGAAACCUACGAUGACAUCAUCCCCAGGCCUAUCGACGCGCACAACGGAAUCGACAAUGGGGUUUUGCAUGUGGGUUUUAUGGCGAACGAGAACCGGUUGUGUGUACUAGAGAGGUGGGAGGGAGUCAGGACUUGGCUGAUGCCGGAAAGGAGAAGAUUAGAGUUUUGGAUAUGGCAGGAUGAGGAGUGUUACAAGCUUGAAAUUAAGUUUGACCAUGUUUUGAAUGCUGUUGGAUGUCGCCUUCGGGGUGCUUCCAAACCGAAUGCUCUUCUUUUGAAGGUAAAAUAUGGACCAAAGGUCUAUCAGAAGAUGUCUGGACCUGAUACAGCUUCAAAAUUCAGAACUGACCGAUACCAUAUCUGCAAGGAAGAUUUUGACUUUCUUUGGGUUCGUACAACAGACUUCUCUAACAUCAAAUCAAUUGGACAUUCAACUUCAUUUUAUUGGGAUAUUGGAGACGAAUUGUCGGCAUCUGAUAUUUUUUCAUGUUUUCCAUUUUAUGAAGAAGAUACGAAAAGUAUAAUCGGAGAGGAUAAGGGAGAUUUCUUAUGUGAAAAUGAAUUAGUUCCGCUUGUAAACUGCAUAGCAGCAUCUAAGUUAUCGUAUGAGAUCCUUUUUCAGCUUAACUCCCUCGUUCAUUCUCAAAAGCUUAGUCUUGUUGUUGCAGAUACGGAUCUGAUUGAGAUCCUUAGCUGUUUGACCAUAGAUAAUGCCUUGACGAUUCUGCAGAAGUUACACAAGUUGGACUCUACUUGUUUUGAUCCGGUGGCAUUUGUAAAAUCUCAAUUACAUGCAGUGGGGAGAAACUGUAAGAUAUCACCAUUAUCAUUGAACAAAAGAUUGAUAGAUCAUAAUGUGAUGAGUUGUUAUAGAGCACUCGUUACACCAUCGAAGAUUUAUUGCUUGGGUCCUGAGCUUGAAACCUCUAAUUAUGUUGUAAAGAACUUUGCAGCAUAUGCAUCAGAUUUUAUGAGAGUUACUUUUGUUGAAGAAGAUUGGAGUAAGCUCCCUGCAAAUGCCAUUUCCACAACUGUUAAGAAAGGCAUUUUUGCAAAGGCUUUUAGGACUAGAAUAUAUCACAGGAUAUUGUCUAUUCUUAAAAAUGGGAUUGUAAUUGGAGCUAAAAAGUUUGAGUUUCUAGCUUUCUCAGCCAGUCAACUUCGCUCAAAUUCUGUUUGGAUGUUUGCUUCGAAUGAAAAGUUGAGAGCAGAAGAUAUCAGGCAAUGGAUGGGCGUCUUCAAUAACAUUCGCAGUGUGUCCAAAUGUGCAGCUAGAAUGGGCCAAUUGUUCAGUUCUUCUAGGCAGACAUGCAAUGUCCCUCUACAAGAUGUGGAGAUUAUGCCGGAUGUUGAAGUUACUUCUGGGGGUAUUAAGUACUGCUUCUCUGAUGGUAUUGGCAAAAUUUCUAUAUCAUUUGCUAGACAGGUCGCUCAGAAGUGUGGAUUGAGUCACACUCCUUCAGCAUUUCAGAUUCGAUAUGGUGGCUUCAAAGGUGUCAUUGCCAUUGAUUGUAAUUCCUUCAGGAAGAUGUUUGUGCGCAGAAGUAUGGUUAAGUUUGAAUCAAAGAACAGGAUGCUUAAUGUCACAAAGUGGAGCGACUCCAUGCCUUGCUUUUUGAACCGAGAGAUUAUCUGCCUCUUGUCAACCUUGGGAAUUAAGGAUGAAAAAAUUGAGGAAAUGCAACAGGAACAGUUACAUUUGCUGGGAAAAAUGCUGACAAACAGAGAGGCGGCUCUGGAUGUCCUACAAAAUUUAGGCAUAGCCAAUUCUAAGAACAUUCUGCUAAAGAUGUUACUUCAAGGUUAUGAGCCAAAUGCCGAACCUUACCUCUCAAUGAUACUUCAGGCGCUCUAUGAUAACCAGUUGUCUGACCUAAAAACUAGAUGCCGAAUAUUUGUACCAAAGGGCCGGAUCCUUAUCGGGUGCUUGGACGAAACUGGUAUAUUAGAUUAUGGUCAAGUUUACAUUCAUCUAACCGUGACAAAAGCAGAACUAGAAUGUGAGGAUCAGAGUUACUUCCGGAAGGUUGAGGAGAAAACAGCUAUAGUUAUGGGUAAGGUGGUUGUGACAAAAAAUCCUUGUCUUCAUCCAGGAGACAUUAGAGUUCUUGAAGCUGUUUAUGCAGUUGAGUUAGAGGAGAAAGGUUUAGUAGAUUGCCUUGUUUUUCCGCAAAGAGGAAAAAGGCCUCAUCCUAAUGAAUGCUCUGGUGGUGAUCUUGAUGGGGACUUAUUUUUCGUAAGCUGGGAUAAAGAUCUCAUUCCGUGUGAAACUGAGAUGCCAAUGGACUAUACUGGGCGGAGACCUCGUAUGAUGGAUCAUGAUGUGACCUUAGAGGAAAUUCAAAAAUUUUUUGUUGAUUACAUGAUUAACGAUAAUUUGGGAGCCAUCUCUACUGCACAUCUAGUUCAUGCUGAUCGGGAACCAGAUAAAGCUCAUAGUCAGAAAUGUCUUGAAUUAGCAAACCUCCAUUCUAUGGCUGUUGACUUUGCGAAGACAGGGGCACCUGCCGAUAUGCCAGGCAUUCUAAGACCGAGAGAGUUUCCAGAUUUCAUGGAGCGAGGAGACAAGACAUAUGAAUCCCAAGGAGUGCUUGGAAAACUCUACCGUGCUGUUUGUGACCUAGCCAAUCAAGAAAGGCCAAAGUUUGUGUGGUCAGAGAAAAUUGCUGAAGCAACAUAUGAUUGUGAACUCGAAGUCAAUGGGUUUGAGGAUUUUGUUGAAAUUGCAAAGACGCACAGAGAUAUGUACGAAGAGAAAAUAAGCUCAUUAAUGAAGUACUACGAGGCAGAAGGUGAGGAUGAAAUACUAACAGGUCAUUUCCGCAACCGAGCAAUGUAUUUGCGAUACGACAACAGGAGAUACGGUGAUAUGAAGGACCGAAGCUUGUUGUCUGUGAAAAGCUUACAGAAGGAGGCUAAAGAAUGGUUCGAGAGCAGCUGCAAGGAAGACGAACAACUGCAGUUGGCGUCUGCAUGGUAUCAUGUAACCUACCAUCCUUCUUACUGCCAUGAAGGUAUAAAUUUUGUGAGCUUCCCAUGGAUUGUAGGAGACAUUUUACUGAACAUAAAAUCUAUUAACAGCAGAAUGUUACAGUAAGCAGAUAAAUUAUUUUAUAAAUAAUUUUAUUCAUUUUCUAAGUUUCUUGUUUUU